UCGAGCUCUUCGAGUUUAAGUUGGCUUAGAAUUUUGAUUUGAUUCAUUUCAUUAGUGUUUUUCCGGUGAUCAAACAAUGGUGAAAAUUGCUUUUGGUAGCUUCGGUGACUCCUUCAGUGUUGGCUCCCUCAAGUCCUACCUAGCUGAGUUCAUCGCUACCCUUCUUUUCGUGUUUGCUGGCGUUGGUUCUGCCAUUGCUUAUGGUAAGCUGACAACAGAUGCAGCUUUAGACCCACCCGGCCUAGUCGCCGUGGCCGUCGCCCAUGCGUUUGCUCUGUUUGUUGGGGUCUCCGUCGCAGCAAACAUCUCCGGUGGCCAUUUGAACCCAGCUGUCACUUUCGGAUUGGCUGUAGGAGGCAAUAUCACCGUCCUCACCGGCAUUUUCUACUGGAUUGCUCAGCUCUUGGGCUCCACCGCCGCUUGCUUUCUCCUCAAGUUUGUCACCAGCGAGAGUGUGCCAACCCAUGGACUUGCUUCUGGUGUAGGAGCUAUUGAGGGUGUUGUGUUUGAAAUCAUCAUAACCUUUGGCCUAGUCUACACUGUCUAUGCCACAGCCGCAGACCCCAAGAAGGGUUCACUUGGAACCAUAGCACCCAUUGCAAUAGGGUUCAUUGUUGGUGCCAACAUACUAGCGGCCGGACCGUUCAGCGGUGGAUCCAUGAACCCAGCUCGCUCAUUCGGUCCGGCCGUUGUCAGCGGAGACUUCGCCUACAACUGGAUCUAUUGGGUUGGCCCAUUAAUUGGUGGAGGUUUGGCUGGCUUGGUCUAUGGUGACAUUUUCAUUGGAUCAUACUCCGCAGUCCCAGUUUCAGAAGAUUAUGCCUAAGGGAUCGGUUUUGUUUGGAGCCUUCUUCAAGUUAUUUGCCUUUUGAUUUUCUUAUUGAGCAUUUGGAUUGUAUGUACUUGUUAGGCCAAUGGGAAAGAAAACUUGGAGCCGUUAAUAAUUUGUAAAUAAGAAAUCGGUUUUGUGAACAAUGGGUCUCAACAAGUCUUCUGUAGAAGUAAAAAUAACAAGUCUUAUGAA